AUGCUAAAGGCACUGCUCCAAGAGUCUCGGUCUUCUCAAGCCUCGGGAUCCCACCCCAUGUUUGACUCUCCCUCCCUUCUUGCACCACCACCCCUCCUGAGGGAUAUCAUGCGCCAAGAACUCCGACAGUUGCUUCAAGGCCUCCGCCUUAAGGCUGUCUGUGAGGGCAGGGACCAGACAGAGGUGUGGGCCCAGUAUAGUCCCAGGGUCCUUCGCUUUGCCUUGGAGGAGCCCGGGUGUGACUCAACACAACAGGAAGUAUCACGGAUGAGAGCCAGGGAGCCCAGGACUAGAAUGAGCCACACGGAGGGGGUGAUGUUACCUGUUAGCAGCUGUCCCAGGGACCUCAGUGUCAUCAAGGACCAACUGAAUGUGUCUAACAUUGACCAGGUUGUCAGACACCUGAGGAGCCUCCUGGAGGAGGAGUGUCACAUGCUGCAGAAAGAGAUCUCUGACCUGCAGCACUGUCUGGAAACGGAGCAGAUGCAGGCUUGCCAGCCCUCCAAGGCCACCCUAGAGCCCACCCUGGCAGAGAUAAAGGAACAGAAGAAGGCCAUGGAACAGGAGCUACAGGUCUCUGUGGGGCCUUCCUGUGUCUCUGCCAAGCACAGGCAGAAGCCCUUGAGGUCCAUUCCAGGCUUCAGACCCUUUCCUUGUCUCCAUGGCUACAUGCCUACACCUCCUUCGGAGCGCUGCCCCCACCCUCAAGGUCAGGCAAUCACCCACCGCUGGAGAGGGCGGCAGCUUCGGUACAGCUGUUGGGAAGAACCAGCUUCCACAUCAGUGUCCAGUGCGGCAUCCCAGGCUCCAACCUGA